AUGACAGAUCAACUAGUGGAUAAGCUGAGAAGCACUCAGAUCAGGUCCGAUUCUACCUUGGCCAUGCCACCCGAUCGUUCUGGUAUUUCAGCUAACAUCGUCCGUCCGGAUUGUAGCAGUGAUAGCUCCUCGCCUGCUCCCGGCGACGAUUGGAAGAAGAGCUUGAAGAUCCCCACCAAGGAUAACAGACAACAAACAGAGGAUGUGACGAAAACAAAGGGACUCGAGUUCGAAAAUUUCGCGCUCAAGAGAGACCUUCUCAUGGGCAUCUUUGAAGCUGGCUUCGAGAAGCCGUCUCCGAUUCAAGAAGAAGCUAUCCCUGUCGCCCUGACUGGGCGCGAUAUCCUCGCCCGAGCAAAGAACGGUACCGGCAAGACGGCUGCUUUUGUCAUCCCCGCCCUCGAGCGCAUCAAUCCCAAAGUUAACAAAAUUCAAUGUCUCAUCCUCGUUCCCACCAGAGAGCUGGCCAUGCAGACCUCGCAGGUUUGCAAGACGCUCGGCAAGCAUCUCGGUGUCAAUGUCAUGGUCACCACUGGUGGCACGGGCCUUCGCGACGAUAUCCUCCGGCUUGCGGAGCCUGUCCAUGUUGUGGUUGGAACUCCGGGUCGUAUUCUCGACCUAGCAGGAAAGAACGUUGCUGAUCUGAGCGAGUGCCCCAUGUUUAUCAUGGAUGAGGCUGACAAGCUUCUGUCUGCCGAGUUCACCCCCACGAUUGAGCAGCUUCUCCGGUUUCACCCUAAGGAUCGCCAGGUUAUGCUCUUCUCAGCUACCUUCCCUCUGUCCGUCAAGGACUUUUCCGACCGCAACAUGUCCAGCCCCUACGAAAUUAACCUAAUGGACGAGCUGACCCUGCGUGGUAUCACCCAAUACUACGCAUUUGUUGAGGAGAAGCAAAAGGUGCAUUGCCUGAACACUCUCUUCUCAAAGCUGCAGAUCAACCAGUCCAUCAUCUUCUGCAAUUCCACCAACCGCGUCGAACUCCUUGCCAAGAAAAUCACCGAACUUGGCUACUCGUGCUUCUACAGCCACGCGCGCAUGCAGCAGCAGGCUCGUAAUCGCGUCUUCCACGACUUCCGCAAUGGUGUUUGCCGUAAUCUCGUUUGCUCUGACCUCUUGACUCGUGGCAUUGAUAUUCAAGCUGUCAACGUCGUCAUCAAUUUUGAUUUUCCCAAAAAUGCCGAGACUUAUCUACACAGAAUCGGUCGUUCCGGGCGAUACGGCCAUCUUGGUCUUGCUAUUAACCUCAUCAACUGGGAGGAUCGCUUCAACCUCUACAACAUUGAGCGCGAUCUAGGCACUGAAAUUCAGGCUAUUCCUGCAAGCAUUGACAAGAGCUUGUACGUGUACGAUAACCCCGAGAGCAUCCCUCGACCAGUCUCCAACUUUCCCAAGGCUGCUUCUCAACAGCAGGGCCAAGCUCUGCUUCCCCAGCAACCUCAGUCGCAGCAGGGUAACUGGCAGACCCAGGGCCAGCAUAAUGGAAACUAUAACCGUGGACGCGGUCGUAGUCGGGGAGGCUAUCGUGGUCGUGGCGGUGGCAGUGGAGGCGGUGGUCGUGGUCGCGUCCCUGCCCAGCUCCAAGACUAA